AUGGACUCGGAUGAUAUAGGGGACGCCUCCGCGUGGCUGUACAACGACACCGUUGACAGGGAAGCGGACCACUUCUUCUCGCCCUCGCUCCUCCUCGCAGAGCGCAUCGGGCGCGGGCUCAUCCCGCUGGAAGCGAAGACUGUGGUCGAGUUGGGCGCGGGGUGUGCGUUGCUAUCGCUCCUCACGUCCACCCUCGCCCGCCCGCCUUCCCUCGUCGUGCUCACGGACUAUCCCGACGCGCCGAUCCUCGCCAACCUCACGCAGAACCUCCAGCAGAACGUGUCCCGCGUCUCACAGGGGUGCACCGUGCACAGCCGCGGGCAUGAAUGGGGCUAG